AUGGGGCUAUGGAUCGAAACGGAGUGUGGAAGGCUUUUGGUAUCUCCUGGCGAAAUUGCUGUCGUACCACAAGGUUUCCGUUUCUCCAUAGAUCUACCGGAUGGGGAUUCGCGUGGUUAUGUUGCUGAGAUCUAUGGUGCUCAUUUUCAGCUUCCUGAUCUUGGACCAAUAGGUGCCAAUGGUCUUGCUGCACCAAGAGAUUUUCUUGCACCAACCGCGUGGUUUGAGGAAGGAUUACGGCCUGAGUACACAAUCGUUCAGAAGUUUGGCGGCGAACUCUUUACUGCUAAACAAGAUUUCUCUCCAUUCAAUGUGGUCGCCUGGCAUGGCAAUUACGUGCCUUAUAAGUAUGACCUGCAGAAGUUUUGUCCAUACAACACUGUACUUGUAGAUCAUGGGGAUCCAUCAAUAAAUACAGCACCUACGGAUAAACCUGGUGUGGCUUUACUUGAUUUUGUCAUAUUCCCUCCUCGAUGGUUAGUUGCUGAGCAUACUUUUCGACCUCCUUACUAUCAUCGUAACUGCAUGAGUGAGUUUAUGGGACUUAUCUACGGUGCAUACGAGGCCAAAGCUGAUGGAUUUCUCCCUGGUGGCGCAAGUCUUCACAGUUGUAUGACACCUCACGGUCCAGAUACAACCACAUACGAGGCGACUAUUGCUCGUGUGAAUGCAAUGGCUCCUUCUAAACUCACAGGUACAAUGGCUUUUAUGUUCGAAUCAGCCUUGGUCCCUAGAGUCUGCCAUUGGGCUCUGGAGUCUCCUUUCCUUGACCACGACUACUACCAAUGUUGGAUUGGCCUCAAGUCCCAUUUCUCGCGCAUAGGCUUGAACGAGACAAAUGCUGAACAGACAGAGAAAAAGACAGAAGCUCUAGAGUAA